AUGGCCGCGCGUCCGGCAUCGUCGGCCAUGGCCAUGACGGCCAAGCGCUGCACGCGACCGACAGCACCGCGCCUGGGUCUGGCCAAGACCACGUGCCCCUUCUCCACGACGUCGCAUUGCGAGAAGACGUCGCAGCUGCGUAAUUCAAUGUACCAGUGGAUGGAAAGGACCGGCCGCCGUUUCGAGGAAGCGCCGACUUAUGGCACCAAGUAUCUCGGCCAGGCCGCCGAUCAGCCGUUCCCCCUCAACCCGCUCUUCAGGAGCCCACGCGUUCUGGACGAGAGCAUGCGAGAGGAGAUAUUCAAGCGCGUCACGCAACAAAAACUGUCGCUGAAGGCCGUUUCAGCUGAUCUGGGUGUCGACAUCCGCCGCGUUGCUGCCGUGGUGCGGCUGAAGGCCCUGGAGAAGCAGUGGGAGGCAAAGGGGAAACAGCUGGCGAAGCCAUAUUCCAAGGCAAUACUCGGCAUGGUGCCCACCACGAGCUACAACCCUGAGAAUCAGUUUGAGCAUGAACCCAUCCAUGAGAUUGAUGUUCACAAGCUCUCACAACAGCAGCUCUUCGUGCCCACCUCCGAGUCUCGCGUCUUCACACGCGAAGAUGCCGCCGAGGCCUUCCACCGCAGCUUGCUGCCGGCCGACAAACGUGCGCCGCAUACGCAGCUCAUCGAGCUACAAAAGGCUACCCUCGAGGGCGUGCCCCUUGAGACGAGCCUUUUCAAGUUCAAGGCCGACACGCGAGCCGAGGAGGACCGCCUCAAAGAGAAGCACCAGAAGAAGGUGCAGCUCGAGAUGUCGCAAACGUCUCGUGUUGACACGAAGCGGUUCGAGUACCGCUUCCAGGACGUCAACGUCGAGGUUGUCGGCAAGACCGGACGCGGCCACAAGGGCAUAGGUGCGCGGUACGGCGUGCCGUUUGACGACCGCAAGAGGGGUCGCAACAACGUCCCGCUGUCGGUGCCGUGA